AUGCCAGGGAUUGUCGUGUUCCGCCGCCGCUGGUCCGUAGGCAGCGAUGACCUGGUUUUGCCAGCUGUCUUCCUCUUCCUCCUGCACACCACCUGGUUUGUGAUCCUGUCUGUGGUGCUCUUUGGGCUGGUGUACAACCCCAACGAGACCUGCUCCCUUAACCUGGUGGACCACGGCAGAGGCUACCUGGGCAUCCUGCUCAGCUGUAUGAUUGCAGAGGUGGCCAUCAUCUGGCUCAGCAUGAGAGGCAGCAUCCUCUACACAGAGCCCCGGGACUCCAUGCAGUAUGUGCUCUAUGUCAGACUGGCCAUCCUGGUGAUCGAGUUCAUCUACGCCAUCGUGGGCAUCGUCUGGCUGACGCAGUACUACAGCUCCUGCAACGACCUCACAGCCAAGAGUGUCACUUUGGGGAUGGUGGUGUGCAACUGGGUGGUCAUCCUGAGCGUCUGCAUCACUGUCCUCUGCGUCUUCGACCCCACAGGCAGGACCUUCGUCAAGCUUCGAGCCACCAAGCGGAGGCAGCGCAACCUGAGGACCUACAACCUGCGCCACCGCCUGGAAGAGGGACAGGCCAGCAGCUGGACCCGCAGGCUCAAAGUGUUCCUCUGCUGCACACGGACAAAAGACUCUCAGUCGGAUGCCUACUCAGAAAUUGCCUACCUUUUUGCUGAGUUCUUCAGAGACCUUGACAUCGUGCCCUCCGACAUCAUCGCGGGGCUGGUCCUCCUGCGCCAGCGGCAGCGAGCCAAGCGCAGCGCCGUGCUGGAUGAGGCAAACAAUGACAUUUUAGCUUUUCUGUCUGGGAUGCCAGUGACCAGGAACACGAAGUAUCUGGAUCUGAAAAACGCACAAGAGAUGCAGCGCUACAAGGAGGUCUGUUACUACAUGCUGUUUGCCCUGGCUGCCUAUGGCUGGCCCAUUUACCUAAUGAGGAAGCCCACCUGUGGACUCUGUCGCCUGGCCAGAUCCUGCUCGUGUUGCUGUCUCUGCCCGUCCCGGCCCCGCUAUGCCCCCAGCGUCACCAUCGAGGAGGACAACUGCUGUGGCUGCAAUGCCAUCGCCAUCCGGAGGCACUUCUUGGAUGAGAACAUGACCUCGGUGGACAUCGUGUACACCUCUUGUCACGAUGCAGUCUAUGAAACCCCUUUCUAUGUGGCUGUGGACCAUGAGAAGAAGAAGGUGGUCAUCAGCAUCCGAGGAACUCUGUCUCCAAAAGAUGCUCUGACUGACCUAACUGGGGAUGCAGAGCGCCUUCCAGUUGAGGGUCACCAUGGAACGUGGCUGGGACACAAGGGAAUGGUGCUGUCUGCUGAGUACAUCAAGAAGAAACUGGAGCAAGAAAUGGUUCUUUCUCAAGCUUUUGGACGAGAUUUGGGGAGAGGCACCAAACACUAUGGUCUGAUUGUGGUUGGGCAUUCCCUGGGGGCUGGCACUGCUGCCAUCCUCUCCUUCCUCCUGCGUCCUCAGUACCCCUCACUGAAGUGCUUUGCCUAUUCUCCUCCAGGUGGGCUUCUGAGCGAGGACGCCAUGGAGUAUUCAAAAGAGUUUGUGACUGCAGUCGUGCUUGGCAAAGAUCUAGUGCCCAGAAUUGGGCUGUCUCAGCUGGAGGGAUUUCGCCGGCAGCUCCUGGAUGUUCUUCAAAGAAGUAACAAACCAAAGUGGCGAAUCAUUGUGGGUGCCACCAAAUGCAUCCCCAAGUCGGAGCUCCCCGAGGAGACGGAGGAGAACUCAGUGACCAGCAACCGCCUGUGGACCCACCCCAGCGACCUGACCAUCGCCCUGUCCGCCAGCACCCCGCUCUACCCGCCCGGCCGCAUCAUCCACGUGGUGCACAACCACCCUGCAGAGCAGUGCUGCUGCUGUGACCAAGAGGACCCCACUUACUUUGCCAUCUGGGGUGACAAUAAGGCCUUCAAUGAAGUGAUCAUCUCGCCAGCCAUGCUGCACGAGCACCUCCCGUACGUGGUCAUGGAAGGGCUCAACAAGGUCUUGGAGAACUACAACAAGGGGAAAACAGCUUUACUUUCUGCAGCCAAAGUGAUGGUGAGUCCUACAGAAGUGGAUCUCACCCCGGAGUUGAUCUUCCAGAGCCAGCCUUUACCUAGUGGACCCUCGGUGCAGAUUGGAACGGGAGCGGUGACAGUGGACAGAAGGAACAGCAGCACCAAGAGCAAGUCCCACUCGGAAAUCAGCUUGGAGGGUUUCUACGAGACGAAGCCGGCCGCUGCCGUGCCGCCGGACCCGGUGGAGCUGCUGCUGCUGGACACGAAGGAGAGGCUGGCUGUGGAGCUGCAGGACCGCCGUGCUCCCCUGGCCACCAUGGAGAGCCUCUCGGACAACGAAUCCAUCUACAGCUUCGACUCCCGACGCUCCUCCGGUUUCAGGAGCAUCCGGGGCUCUCCCAGCCUCCACGCCGUCAUGGAGAAGGACGAGACCCACUGCUUUUAUAUAGACCCUGCUAUCCCUGAGGAGAAUCCCUCCCUCAGCUCCAGGACAGAGCUGCUGGCUGCUGACAGCCUCUCCAAGCACUCCCAGGAGACCCAAGCCCCCGAGAACGCUCUCAACAGCGGCGGCACCACGCCCCAGCGCCGCUGCAGCGAGGAAGGGGCCAGCAGCGAAGGGGAUCGCGUUUCCCUGGCCCCCAGGGAGGAGCUGGCCCUCCAAAACGGGCGCCUCACCGAUGUCCCCAGUCCCCAAGUGCUGGAGUUUGCUGAAUUCAUAGACAGCCUCUUUAAUUUGGAUAGCAAAAGCAGCUCCUUCCAGGACAUCUACUGCAUGAUGGUGUCAGACAGCUCCAGUGACUUUGCAGAGAUGCCCAAGUCGGUCAGUGAACAGGAGAUCCUCUUGAGGGCACAAUAUGAACCCAACCUAGUCCCAAAGCCCCCAAGGUUGUUUGCAGGCUCGACAGACCCUUCGUCAGGCAUCUCUGUCUCACCCUCUUUUCCCCUUAGUUCAUCUGGAGAACUCAUGGACAUCACCCCCACGGGUGUGAGCAGCCAGGAGUGCCUGGCCACUGACAAAAUCCGGACUUCCACCCCUUCGGGGCCUGUAACCAGCCCUGCCAAGCAGGAUGACCUCAUGAUUUCAGCCCUCUAG